AUGUCGCUGCUUCGAUCCUCUCCGCGACUGUUGACUUGUGGGUCACGAAUGUUUCCCAUAUCCCGUUUAUGCUCUUGUCCUAUAUACCUUGCAUCAUUGUCACGGCUACAGGGUGCAAAUUCUAUGCACUAUUUUAACAGUUCCGCUAACGUUACUGGCCGCUCGAAAGACACAGGCAUUCUGUCGGUUCCUCUUCGCUUGUUCACUGUUUCCCCGGCUCCUGCUCAACGGCUAUUUACCACGAUGAGUCGUUCUCAUCGUUUGCCUGGCAUUUCGCAGCGUGAAUCUGGUUGUGCUCGUUCAGCAUUCUUGAACGUGCUGCGUUCAUUCUCCAUGAGCCAUAGCCGUAUGACUCUUGUUUCCACCGCUACACAUUCGGCUGCUGCAGUAUCCCCGGCCGGCGAAAGUACUACACUCAUUUACGAGGCUCCUCGUUCGCCGCGUUUCAAACUUCUGUAUACUCUGACGCUAUCGGUUGCAGUAUGUUUUUUUGUUUACGCUGUUCUGUCCGCUAGCAAUUUAUACUCUUCUCGAGAGUCUGUGCAUGCGCUGUUGGAUUCCGAGACAAGGUUUUUCCGAGUGGCUACAUUCGUUACAUACCUGGCCAUUCCACUUACGCUUGCGCUCUCUCUCGUUCUGCUAGCUAUUCCUCGUCGAGCCGUGUAUGCUAUGUACUCGCUUCCUAACAACAAGUGUCGGCUAGUGACGGGUUUGCCUUUCUGGCACGAUACUGUGCUAUUCCAUAACGUGCGUACUCUGCCCAAAUCCGAGAUUACUGUCAUGACUGCCUUGGACCAUAAAAGUCCAGUGGCGCUCAAGCUCAAGGACAAGCCGUUCGUGUUCGUCAUGGAUUCUAAUGGCACAUUUGAGGGUGGUCGGGAUGCUCUUCGCCAACACUUUAAUGUGAACUGA